GGUGUUUCAUUUGCAAUGUCCAGUCUCUCAAAAAGUCGGGAAGACAUCAAUACAGAUCCUGCUUUACAAAAACUUAGCAUUUUGCCAAUACUUGAACAGGUUGCUAAUUCUGGCAGUUGCCACUAUCAGGAAGGACCAAAUGACUCUGAUUUUGAGUUUGAAAAUGAAAAAGUAAGCUUGAAAUUAGAAGAAGAAAUUCAAGAAAAUAAAGAUUUAAUAAAGGAGAAUAAUGCUACAAGACAUUUGUGUAAUCUGCUUAAGGAAACCUGUGCUAGAUCUGCAGAAAAGACAAAUAAAUAUGAAUAUGAACGGGAAGAAACAAGACAAGUUUAUGUGGAUCUAAAUAAUAACAUUGAGAAAAUGAUACUGGCUUUUGAGGAACUUCGUGGGCAAGCUGAGAAUGCCAGACUGGAGAUGCAUUUUAAGUUAAAGGAAGAUCAUGAAAAAAUCCAACACCUUGAAGAAGAAUAUAAGAAGGAAGUAAACAACAAGGAAAACGAGGUAUCACUACUGUUGAUCCAGAGUACUGAGAAAGAAAAUAAAAUGAAAGAGUUAACAUUUCUGCUAGAAGAAUCCAGAGACAAAGUUAAUCAAUUAGAGGAAAAAACAAAAUUACAAGAUGAAAACUUAAAAGAAUUAAACGAAAAGAAGAGUCAUUUAGCAUCAGAACUUGAAGAUAUUAAAAUGUCAUUGCAAAGAAGUAUGAACACUCAGAAGGCUUUAGAAGAAGAUUUGCAGAUAGCAACAAAAACAAUUUAUCAGUUCACUGAAGAAAAAGAAGCUCAAAUGGAAGAAUUUAAUAAAGCUAAAACUGAUCACUCAUUUGUGGUUACUGAACUUAAAGCUACUAUAUGCAACUUGGAGGAAUUAUUGAGAACAGAACAGCAAAGAUUGGAAAAAAAUGAAGAUCAACUGAAACUACUUAUCAUGGAGCUUCAGAAGAAAUCAAGUGAACUGGAUGAGAUGACUAAAUCUAAAAAUGACAAAGAAAUGGAACUGGAAGAAUUGAAAAUAGUAUUGGUGGAAGACCAAAAACUUUUAGAUGAAAAGAAACAAGUUGAGAAGCUUGCUGAAGAAUUACAAGGGAAAGUACAAGAACUAACUCUCCUUUUGCAAACCAGAGAGAAAGAGGUCCAUGAUUUGGAAGUAGAAUUAACUGUCACUAAAACAAGUGAUCAGUAUUAUUCAAAACAGGUUGAAGAACUAAAAACUAAGCUGGAAGAAGAGAAACUUAAGAAUGCUGAAUUAACUGAAAGCUGUGAUAAACUUUCCCUUGAGAACAUAAAAUUGGCACAAGAAGCCAGUGAUAUGGCCCUAGAACUCAAGAAAAAUCAAGAAGAUAUCACUAAUAGCAAAAAGCAAGAAGAACGGAUGCUGAAACAAAUAGAAAAUUUGGAAGAAAAAGAAACACAUUUAAGGGAUGAACUGGAAUCAGUAAAAAAAAAGUUUAUACAGCAAGAAGAUGAAGUUAAAUGUAAAUUGGACAAGAGUGAAGAGAAUGCUCGAAGCAUUGAAUGUGAAGUUUUAAAGAAAGAAAAGCAAAUGAAGAUACUAGAAAAUAAGUGUAACAAUUUAAGGAAACAAGUUGAAAAUAAAAGCAAGUAUAUUGAAGAGCUUCAUCAGGAGAAUAAGACCUUGAAAAAAAAGAGUUCAACAGAUAACAAACAGCUCAAUGCAUAUGAGAUAAAGCACCAAUAUGAUAAGAUUGUUGAAGAAAGAGACUCAGAAUUAGGACUUUAUAAAAGCAGAGAACAGGAACAGUCAUUGGUGAAGGCUGCUUUGGAGACUGAAUUAUCUAAUAUUAGAAGUGAACUCGUGUCUCUGAAGAAGCAACUUGAAGUAGAAAGGGAAGAAAAAGAAAAACUAAAACUGGCAAAAGAAAACACAGCUAUUCUCAAAGAUAAAAAAGACAAGAAAAUACAGACAUCUUUAUCAGAGUCACCUGAAACCACCUGUCAGAAAUUUGAUUCUAAAGCAACUCCUUCACAAAAAAUAUCUCGGAUUUCCUCAUCAAUGGAUAGUGGCAAAUGCAAAGAUAACAGAGAUUGUUUUCGGACAUCUGCCAAAAACAUUUUAUCUACAACACUUGUAAAGGAGUAUACAGUGAAGACACCAACUAAAAUAAAAACAUUUCAAAGAGAAAACAAGUAUAUACCCACUGGAGGAAGUAAUAAAAAGAGAAAAGCAGUCUUUGAAUUUGAUGUUAAUUCAGACAGUUCGGAAACUACUGAUCUCUUGAGCAUGGUUUCAGAAGAAGAGACAUCAAACAUAUUUUACAAUAAUAAUUCACCAAAUACUCAUGUAUGUGUCAAAACACCAAAACAGACUCCUUUAUCUCUAUCAACUCCUGUGUCUUCUGUGAAGUUUGAAGGUGUGAGAAAAACGAGAGAGGACCGUUGGGCAACAAUUGCUAAAGUUGAUAGGAAAAGAAGACUAAAGGAAGCAGAAAAGUUAUUUGCUUAA